AUGAAUUCCCAGUUGCAUGCUAACAGCUGUCAGGAGCCAAACGAGCUGGUACCCAAGCUCUUCGGACCAAUAAGAGAGCGAUACGCCAACAGGCCGGGCGGCUACACUCGUGUCUUGCGCAUCGAGCCCAUGAAAGAAGACCAAGCCGAAUCCGCCAUCCUCGAACUCGUCGAUGGACCCAAAGACCUUAAAUUCGCCAUGACCGCGAAAACCCUAGCACAACACCCCCAAAACAGGCAGCUGGACAGAAUGACAGCCUUGAAUUUCCGCAAAGAUGGUGUUGAAGGCCUGCGCGAAAUGGUCAGCCAAAUGCGUGUGGCCAAGGAGAAGGGCAUCGAUGACAGAGUGCUGCCACCGCCACGGAAGGUAUACCCGGAGGAGAAGAUGAAGCGCGAGAUGCACUACUACCAGGAUGUCGACUUUUACAAACUGCCGAAUAAACUCGUCAAAAUCCCCAAGAAGUCGAAGAAGGAGGAAAGCACUGCACUGGUGGCAGACAGCGAGGUUGCACAAACACAAGUCGAGGCGCGGUCAUCGUAG